UUCACUUCUUGUCCUCCACUUUGGAGAAAAGGACUUGAUCGCCAUGAAGCUCCUCAUCCUUGCCUGCCUCGUGGCUCUUGCCCUUGCAAGAGCGAAGGAAGAACUCAAUGCAUCUGGUGAGACUGUGGAAAGCCUUUCAAGCAGUGAGGAAUCUAUUACUCACAUCAGCAAGGAGAAAAUUGAGAAGCUUAAGCGGGAGGAACAACAACAAACAGAGGAUGAACGCCAGAAUAAAAUCCACCAGUUUCCCCAGCCCCAGCCUCUAGCCCAUCCUUACACCGGACCCAUUCCUUACCCCAUCCUUCCACAAAACAUCCUGCCUCUUGCCCAGGUCCCUGUGGUGGUGCCUCUUCUUCAUCCUGAAGUAAUGAAAGAUUCCAAAGCUAAGGAGACCAUUGUUCCCAAGCGUAAAGGAAUGCCCUUCCCUAAAUCUCCAGCAGAGCCUUUUGUGGAAGGCCAGAGCCUAACUCUCACUGAUUUUGAAGGCCUUUCUUUGCCUCUGCUCCAGUCCCUGAUGCACCAGAUUCCCCAGCCUGUUCCUCAGACCCCCAUGUUUGCUCCUCAGCCCCUGCUGUCCCUGCCUCAGGCCAAAGUCCUGCCUGUUCCCCAGCAAGUGGUGCCCUUCCCCCAGAGAGAUAUGCCCUUCCAGGCCCUUCUGCUCUACCAGGAUCCUCUACUUGGCCCUCUCCGAGGGUUCUACCCUGUGCCUCAACCAGUUGCCCCAGUUUACAACCCUGUCUAAGAGGAUUUCAAAGUUAAUGCCCUCUCCUCACUUUUGAAUUGACUGCGACUGGAAAUGUGACAACUUUUCAAUCUUUGCAUCAUGCUACCAAAUAAUUUUUAAAUGAGUCUACAUGAAAAAAAUGAAACUUUACUCUCUUAUUUAUUUUAUGCUUUAUAUGGCCUUCAUCUUAAUUUGAAUUUGACUCAGAAAUUCUCUAUUUUAAAAAUUUUAAUUCAACUAAUAGCACAGAAUUUCAAUUUUGAGUUGGAAAUACCAUGAAUAUUUCAAAAAUAUGUAUAAAAAUAAUUUAUGGAAUUAUAAUUUCCUAACCAGUCAUUUCAAUAAAUUAAUCCUUAGGCAUAUUUAA